AUGUCCCGCACCGACUACCCGAAGGAUGGCCAGGCGAUGGGCGAGAUCCGCACCCCGAUCUCGCUCGAGAAGCUCCAGCCCUACCUCGAGAAGAACAUUGACGGAUUCGCUGGCCCCGUCACGAUCAAGCAGUUCGGCCUGACGGGUACAGUUUGGCCAGUCGAACCCGACCUACUUCCUGCAGACGCCGAAGCAGUCGUAUGUGCUCCGCCGCGCGCCGCUCGGCAAGCUGCUGUCCGCGACGGCGCACCGCGUCGACCGCGAGUUCAUGAUCCUCAAGGCGCUGGGCGAGUACAACGAGUCCCUUCCGGCGGACGCGAAGGACCGCGCCGUUCCCGUGCCCAAGGUGUAUGCCUGUGCAUGGACCGUGAUGUCGCCGGCGCGCCGUUCUACGUCAUGGAGUUUCUGAAGGGACGCAUCAUCGCCGACAUCACGAUGCCGGACAUGCCCCGCAAGGACCGCGAGGAGUGCUGGCGGAGUGCGAUCCGGACGCUGGCCCUGCUCGCCACAACGCCGCUCGACAAGCUCAACCUUCCCCCCUCCUUUGCCCCCGACCCGAUUGCCAAGCCCUACUUCCCCCGCCAGGUCAAGGGCAUGCUCAAGGUCUCGGCGUCGCAGAGCCAGGCUCCCCUGCCCGACGGAAAGGGCCCCCUCGGCGACAUUGUGCACACGGCCGAGCUGCGGCCGUGGUUUGAGGCUGGUGCGCAGCGCGUCGCGCGCGCCGACGAGACGCACGGCGCCUCGAUCGUCCACGGCGACUAUAAGAUUGACAACAUGGUCUUCCACCCGACUGAGAACCGCGUCAUCGGCGUUCUGGACUGGGAGCUGUGCACGACCGGCUCGCCCCUCGCCGAUCUGUCCAACAUGACGAUUGCGUUCAACAUCCGCCCCCUGUCCGAGGAGGAGGCGGCGAACCGCCCGCCCAACGUGAUGGGUGGCCUGAAGGGCGUGCCGUCCGAGAAGAGCGGGAUCCCCGACGUCGCGACGCUCGAGAAGUGGUGGGUCCACGACAUGAAUGAGGGAUACGCCUUCCUCAAGUCCCAGGGUCAGAAGGAGCGCGCCAAGUGGCAGUGGCCUAUCCCCCACUUUGAGUGGGUUAAGAGCUGGAUGGCCUUCCGCCUCGCCAUCAUUCUCCAGGGCAUUGCUGCGCGUGCCGCCCUCGGACAGGCGAGCAGCGCCUCGGCCACCCCCAGGAGAGACGGAAUGGACUUUUACGGACGGUGCGCCUGGGACACGAAGCAGGAGGCGGAGCAGAGCGCCAAGCUCUGA